AUGGAGCAUCUCAAGCAGAGCGCAGCAGGCAGCAUAGUGCCAGAUUUGGGGAAGAAAGAACACAUCCUCAUCUGGUAUGCGGCCUCCGAGUGUGGAGAAGCGACAGCCCAGCCUCACCUGCGCGUCCCGGCCCUUCGCAACCGUGGUGACCACUUCCUCAGGCUGUUCCGCUUCUGCCAGAUGCGUGGGAAGGAAGCGACCGGCGAGCUGACCGAUGGAGACGUGUACUGCGUCUCUGACUGCGGCAAAGACGGGAACAGGCACGCGUUGCUCAGCCGGUUCAUUUCGCCCGCCACCAGGGAAGUCAACUCGAAGACAGGCAAACCAAAGAAACUCGAAGCUUUCAAGAAAAGUGUCCGCACAAUGACGGCGAUGAGGAUCCACAUGGUGACCCGGCAGCCACUGACGCUCAACCAGCAUUCCCGCCUGCACACAUCCAACUCCUCCAACAGGGGAAACCUGUUGGAGCCCUUCUUGGCCGACGACUGGGACAACGAUGAGGAGCAGUGGCGGCUUCCCGUGAAGACCAAGCUUCCGGAUUGGAAGGACUUGGAGGUCAACAAGCGCUUCAAGCCGCGAGGCAAAAACGAUAAGAAACCGUUCUUAUUCCAUUCCACCGCGAAGGCCACCUUCGAGGAGAUCAUACACUGUAUAAACGUGGUCGGAGUGAUCAGAUUAGAGCGGACGGCAAGCUUGCCGAAGUUUGCAUCUCCAAUCGCAUCCUGGGGCUUAUGCUUCACAUCCGAGCAGAAGGACUGCGGGCCAGUUUGGAGAAAAGAGCUUUCAAGCUCAUGCAGAGCGACAACUGACAAGUCCAAACUCUUUGUGCCUGGACUGAAAGUGAUCGUGGAAGAACGCGUGAUAGAGCUUGGCGUGGAGGACCCGUCUCCGCCGGGUGAGACUGAGUCCAAGGUACCGAAUCCGAAGAAGCAGAAGAAGGACAAGACAGAGGAGAAGGAGAAGGAGAAGUCCAGCAGAAAUUGA